AUGAAAGCAGCAGGUGUCUUUGUGCUCCUCUCUCUGGCUCUUUUCUACAUGUUCUCAGGUGUCUUCAGUCAAGGAGGACAGGACAAAAGAGGCUGGAUCACAAGAUCAGAGGGCCGAAUGCCAGGGAGAGGUGGCUUAAGGAGUCGUCUCUUUCAAAUCAACUGUGAUGAGUUCCGUGAUCCUAAGAUCUUCUGCACUCGGGAAUCAAACCCCCAUUGUGGCUCUGAUGGUCAGACAUAUGGCAAUAAAUGUUCCUUCUGUAAGGCGAUGGCGAAAAGUAAUGGGAAGAUUAACCUGAAGCACCAUGGAGCAUGCUGA